UCAUUCAGUCAGUUCGUCACAACAAGAAAUCACAACACAAUGGGUCGCUUACUGGAGGUUAUCGCAUUCUUGGUGUUUUGCAACCUGGUCUACACAAUGCCUGUAUGGGACAACGAAGAGGAAGCGGAUUUCAGUCCGUCUUCAGUAGAGAUUAUCCGCCGCCGCUGCAGCUGUUCUGAUCAUCAUCAAAAGUGUGGCUGCUGCCUUCAAAUCAGGGCACCUGCAUUCCAAAAUUAUGAAGAAGCAGAUGUGUGUAUGAACUCGUCUUUUACCACGUCGCCAUUGGCGGUGGACUUUCUCAUGACGUGGAACAAACGUGAGGUUUUAAACCGCACCAUAUCAGAUUCCCGUCCACAGCCUCUAUGUUUUGACAUUCCUCUUCCGAAUUAUGGAAAGGCCUGCGUUAAAUUUACCAAGAAUACAAUCGAGAAAGAUCACAUUAGAUGGUGUGCAGCUCUGGAAUUUAAAUCGAAGCACAACGGAAGAGAUAUUCCUCUUGGCUGUUUCUUCUUCAGGGGUGAGGACGGGCAUGGAGUGGAAAUGGGAACCUUUCUGGAUCCUGUGUCGUUUAUUUCCUUACUGGAAGAUGUCUUUCAAGCAUCAAAGAAAAACCAGAUCGAUAGCACCAGUUCGCUGACUGGUCCAGCAUUGGAAACAUGGAAUGGUGACAAGAACGGAUGUCAGUGCUCAAAGUUUCCGCCUGAAUGUGAAUGCUCCCUCAGAAUCCAAAUAUUUGGAAUAAAAUUGGAAGCCUCUGUUAGUGCAAGCAUGGAUCCAGACGGAGGGGGAUUUGAUCUUAAAAUGGUUGUCAAUGGUCAUAUUAUUUUCGACCAAAAGAUAUCUGUUAAAAACCCACCACCAAUUUGCCACGACGUAACUGUUUUCGAUGUUACAUUGAAUGCGUGCAUUAAGCUCACUGAUGUCUCGCUGAAACCCAGUCACAUGGGCGCAUGCUUGGAAGUGGACGUAGACUCGUAUACCUUUCACCUGGGAUGUUUUUACAUGGCGACCUACAGGGAUCUGAGAAUCAUUCUGGUAGAAUAGAAUUAUUGUGCGCCAUACGCCUGACGGGUUAGAUAAGGCAGUUGCUGGAAGCACUUAGCCACUAUAUUCUCUUAGAUAAUGUGAACAAGUUGAGUAUUGUUAUUCCAGCUAGGAGUGACGACUUAAACAAUGAAAAUAAAAUGCAAUUUUGGUUUAAGUCAAUGCAGGGCCUAAUAAAUUAUGAAAAACUUGAAAUUUAAUCUGUAAGAUAAAAGUUUGGCAUCGAGAAUGUAUUCUUGACAGUGUAGGUUACUGUGAACGUAGAAAGACAAUAAAAGCUACGUUCAGUUGGUAUCCAUUC